AUGUGUUAUGUUGGUAAAGCAACCAAGAUCUUCAUCUUCAUUGUCAUUGUUCUUGCUUUCAUUGGCCUUAUUCUGGGCUUCACUCUCAUCAAACAUGGCGUUAGAAAAUCUCAUAAAUGCUCUGAAUCUUCUUCUGAUUCUUCUUGUUCACCUACUAUUCAACAAUUUCCAAAUCCAAUUCCAGCUCCUUUGAUUAGCACUACUCCUAACCCCAACCCGAACCCGGACUCGAAUCCAUCCCCUUACCCACCUCCUAAUGUUAACCCAACCUUAAGCCCGCCUCCGAACCCGAACCUAUAUCCACCUCCGAGUUCGGGUUCGGGCUCGGGGUCUAGCCCGGUAAUGACGCCGCCACCACCGCCUCCGGCGCCGGUAAUGAUAUCUCCGGUGGUGGUUCCUGUUCCGCCGCCGCCUGCUGAUCUUCCAAUGCCGGUGAUUUCUGCUCCUCCGCCGAGUUUAAAUCCGCCGAGUCGGAUUGCGAUUCGUACUAUGAACAAGAGUUGUACAACUGCGACGGGCCCUUGUACACAAACAACACAUGCCUUGUCCAGUUGUCCUUCACUUGUGAACCCAAACUCGUCUUUAGAGUUCAGUGGAAGGACUCUGCCUUUUGUUAGUGAUGCUGUCGCUAGCAACUAUCCUGACUCUGUUGUUGUGAAUUUAGUAGUCAUUUCUUGA